AGUUGCGAGAAAUAUACAGAGCAGCAGAAAGUGCUAGAAGUAACUAGCACCGUAUUUACAAGUUCUUCAGUUGCUUCUCGUAUUCACAAUUCAUUCUCAUCACACAAUCAAUUCUAUGCCCCAAUUUGCGAAGAAAAGUUUCAAAACCGACAAUUUCAUUAGAAAUGAAAUAUUAAUAGUUCUUUCUGUAAGAAUUUAGAAUCAAACUGACAGAGACACAGAAUAAUAGUAAUUGUAAUAUUAUUGAAGAUACAGAGUAAAGAAAGAAAAAAUCAUAAGAUGGAUUCGGAAAUGAUGGAAGCGGAAGCAGCUUCAUCGCUGUCAUCUUCGCAGCAAGCAUUCAGUUCCGGCCAAAACGACGUCGUUCGGGAUUUGCUCACAUUGGCUCGCCAACUCAUCACUCAAGGCAAACCUUCCGAGGCCCUCCAAGCUGUUGUUGCAGCCAUGAGGAGUAGAGGUGGUGAUGAAGCUGUUUUUGAGUCCCUGCAUCGUGCUAGAGAGUUGUACAGAAGUAGACUGCAAGAGAAUGCUGCAGUUGAUAAACUGGCUUCUUUGUUUGCGGAGUGUGCUAUUGCUGAAGCUCAACCUGUAGUGAUUGAAGCACCUGCUAAUAACAGGACCAGCCCAUCAAUGACUCCAGACCCAGAUGCUCAUGGGACUUCCAUACUGGCAGAAAGUGGCAGGAUGCAAGUAGUGUUGGAUGCAGUUUCUGAUGGAAGCAGCUUCAUUUGUUUGAAAUGUGGAGGCCUUGUUAGUAACCAUCGCAAAGAUGAGCAUUAUGCAUACUGGUGUUGUUGAUCUCUUGGUGCUGUGGUGGUAUAAGAUUGGUUACCCGUCUGCCAUGUUGAUGCAACUUUUUUUGUGCAUCUUUAAGAUGGAACCGGUGGAAUGAACGAACUUCUGAGUGGAGUGCCUUAAACUGUGUCCUUUGAAGACUUCAAUGCUGUGAACCAUACCCAUACAGAGUUGUCUUCAGUAAGCUUGGGAUGUCUAUGUUGACUCCGAUGUGUUUACUAUUACUGUUUGGCCCAACAGUACCUUAUGUAAUCUUUACUAUAUAUUUUUUGCGUUCACUUUGAGUUGUAUGUUCGAGUAAUAAUAGCAAAAAUAAUACUUUGUUUUACCUGCACAAUGAUUCACAAAAAUAUGGACAGGGUAAUUUGUUUUCACCAUUUC